AUGGCAAAAUUAGAUAUAACUUCACUAGGUUGGAAACAAAAAGAACAAUGGGUUUCUCGUGUUAUUGGUUGUUCAUCUCAAUAUAAUAACGAUACAUGGUCUGCAAAUCAAAUAAUUGGGCCACCAAAAGUCUAUCCGCGAUAUGGAGACAUUACUGGUGCAUGGGCUCAAGGAUCUCGAGCCGGUGAUGAGUUUAUCGUUGUUGAAUUUGAAGAAGUUGUCUAUCCUGAACGCAUUGAUAUCUAUGAAACAUAUAAUUCAGGUGCUGUAGUAAAAGUAUUAGCACGAAAUGGAAAAGUUAACUCAGAAUGGGAAACUGUGUGGAAAACUGAAACUCCACAAAUUCAAGAACAAUCUCGUAUUUUUUCAAUUUCAUGCACAAAUAUAUGUGAGAAAGAAAUAAAUCAAAUUCGUCUGAAUAUAGAUUGUACUGCUGCAAGACGUUGGUGUGAAAUAGAUUGUAUUAAAUUGAUAGGUUUUACGUCUAAUGUUCAUUUAUUCUCGAAUGAAUUUUUGGCAGAUUUAAGUGAUUUAUUAACGAAUGAUUAUUUAUCUGAUGUUAUAUUUCAACUUGAUAAUGAACAAUUAAUAUCAUCUUAUCGAAAUAUUCUCAGUAAUCGAUGUAUUUAUUUUCAUGAGCUAUUUAUUGAAUAUCCAUCGAAUAGAACAGAACCAAUACCGAUAAGAAAUAUAUCUUAUAAAGCUUUCAAUCAAAUAUUGCAUUUUAUUUUUACAGAUAAUAUUGAACCUACAAUAACGUAUGAUAUAUGUCUUGAAUUAAUGCGUAAAGCUGAUGAAUAUUUUUUAAGCUUAAUAUAUACGAAAGCAUUUGAUAUUUUAAAGAAAAUUAUUGAUAAAACAAACGUGUUAAAAAUACUUAUUCAAUCAGGUCUUGAUUCCGUGACGUCAAAUGAGAAUCAACAUGAUAAUUUUCUUCUUAAUGAUGUUAUUGAUUUAUGUAUUGUAUUCAUUAAAAAAAAUCGCCGAGAUAUUUAUCUUAACGAAAACAUGCAAAUAUUAUCCAAAGACAUGCUGUUAAAAUUAGUUCAACUUGAUCUAUAA